GUCAUGAUAAAUUAAUAUCCAAUAGCAGCUAUUUGUUUUGGUUAUUUGCUAACAAGGCUCUUGGCCUAUAGCGUUUUGCUCUAUAAGCUGGAUUCCAUGCGGAUUUGGUUGUUUAAACUAGAGCGUAUUCAAAUGAAUUGUGGUUGAUCUUACUCGUUGUAGCUAGGCGCUCUAUCACCUCUGUUUUAACGCCUCAAUCGACCUGCCUGCGUUAAGGACGAAGUGUUGACGGGAAAAUUAGAAUUUUACUUCAAGUUUUCAACAGCAACUGUCUUUGAAGAGUUGAGAGUUGAUUGAGUCGACGGUUGAGAGGACCUGUAAAUACAAGCUCCGAGUCAUGGCGUUAUUCUUCUCCGUACGAUAAAGAUAGAAACGACGAGUACAAUCAAUUGAGUUAAUUCUUAUUACACGAGAGGUUUGCGAAAAGGAAUAUCAUCUUGGCUAUCCUUGGUGGAUGUAGUGAAAGCUUACUUCGACAGCAACGUCGAGGACAACGAGUUUCACUGAAGGGCUGGGAGUGACAAAGCUUGGAUAUUUUAAGUUGGUACCGCAAAUUACUCGAACUCGAGAGCCAAAAAACCACACAUAUUAGUGACUCGUUGAGGAAUCUAUCGUAGGUACGCAACGACGAAUAACUUACCGUUGUAGCCAUAUUGUUUCGAAUUUUCUGGCUUCAAAGUUCACGCAGUAAUUCGAACACAUGUAGUGACUGGAAGAUCUGCGAUCAAAGCGCCAUGAAAUGAAACGACAUGCUUUCGUGAAGAAGAACACAGUUCCUUCGUUGAAACGCGAUGAUCAUGGAUAUGUUUUUGGUGUUAAUAGUUGGGCCUAUUACCGUCAAGGAGUGGCGCUACAGUGCCUGGGUCGGCAUGCGGAUGCCCUUGGAGCCUUUGCGUCUGCGCUUGCGCAGGAUGAUAAAAGCCCUCAACUGCUGAACUCUCUGACUGAAGCCGCGAUGAAGUCCCCACUGAGAGCUACUCUCGAGCCAAUCUACAACCAGCUUAAAGGCAUGAAACUUGACAAGAGCGCCUUUGUAAUGAUAUCAGUUAUCGGACAGGAACUUCUCUCUGUCGGACAUGUAACUGCAGCUAUAGAUUGCCUCGAGGCUGCUUUGAAAGUUGGGACUUGCGGAUUACGUCUCCGUGGUUCUGUCAUCUCGGCCCUUAGUACAGCUUAUUGGAAACUUGGAAAUGUUAAGAAGGCGAUGGAAUACAUGAGACAAGAUCUAGAAACGUCACAGUCUUUGAACGACAAAGGCGGCGAGUGCAGAGCUUAUGGCAAUCUAGGAGGGGCGUAUUACUCACAGAGAAUGUACAAAGAAGCUGUGGAACAUCAGAAAAGCCAACUAGAUCUUGCUUUGACAAUUAAAGAUCGUAAAACAGCUGCUAGUGCCUUGAGUUCUCUAGGGCAUACAUAUGUCUCGUUGUCUGAUUACACAAAUGCUAUUUCGAGUCAUAAACAAUCAAUGCAAAUCUAUAAGGAGUUGAAAGACAAGCAAGGCGAAGCGAGAGAACUCGGAAACAUCGGCGCUGUACAUGUCUUGUUAUCGGAUUAUGACAACGCGAUAAAAUAUCACCAAGAACAUUUGAAAAUUGCGGUUGAGAUGGGAGACAAGGCCGAAGAAGGUCGGGCCUAUAGCAACUUAGGGAGCGCUUUCCAUUACAAGAGAGACUUCGACAAAGCGAUCCAAUUUCACAAGCAGGUCCUGGACGUGGCGAAGAAGACCAAAGAUUCUUUUAUGGAAGCGCGAGCUUAUGCUGGUCUAGGACAUGCUCUGAGAUGCAAAGGUGACUUAGAACAGGCAGUAUCUUUUCACGAAUAUCAACUUGCUUUGGCGAUAAAACUCAAAGAUCGAGCGACCGAGGGGAGAGCGCUUUCCAAUCUGGGAGUUAUUUUUCAGCAGAGGGGGCUUUACGGACAAGCCCUAAAGCUCCACAAAAAACACCUGGCUAUUUGCAAGGAGUUAGAGGACCGAGCGGGACAGGGGCGAGCCUAUGGGAAUAUGGGCUGCGCUUACAGCGCUUGCGCUAGGUAUGAACAGGCUAUUAAGUUUCAUAAGCAAGAACUGAUGAUUUCUAAAGAAGUGAACGAUCGGCCGUCAGAAGCCUGCACGCAUGGAAAUCUUGCAGUGGCUUAUCAAGCGAUUGGAAGUCUGGACAAGUCUUUGAAACAUUAUCAACAACAUCUAAUUAUUUCGCAAGAAAUCGGUGAUCAGUCAAAUGAAGCCAUCGCUCUGAGUAAUUUGGGGAAUUACUACAGUUCUUGCGGAAAUUUCACAAAAGCUAUUCCUUUUUACGAAAACUUUUUGUCCGUCGCGAGACAUAUGCGGGAUCGUGUAGGCGAAUGCAAAGCUUGUCACAAUCUGGGAUUUGCUCAUUACUCGUUAGGCAAUCACUUAGAUGCAGUACCCUACUACGAGAGAAACAUUGAAAUAGCGAAAGAUCUGGAAGACAGGACAAGCUUAGGACGUGCGUAUUGUAAUCUAGGACUGGCCUACAGUGCAAUCGGCGUACAGGAUAAAGCGCUGGAGUGUCAAAAAGAAUUCCUAACCGUUUCACAGGAGGCCAUGCAAGUCCAAGGCGAAUUUAAAGCUUGCGGAAACAUUGGUGAUAUUUAUGUGACGCUGGGUAACACAAAUCAGGGAAUACGGUUCUUCCAGGAACAGCUACAAGUCGCCAAGAAAGCGCAGGAUACUGCUCUGGAGAGCGAAGCGCACGGAGCCUUGGGUAGCGCUUUUCGGACUGCGCGUGAUUUUGAAAGGGCGUUGGCCUGCUUCCAAAGGGAGUUAGAAUUCAGGAGAACUGCGCAUGAUUCUGUUGGUAUUUGUAAGGCGUUAAGCAAUCUCGGCUCAGUUCACAGCAGCUUACAACAGUAUCACGAUGCUUUAACGUCCUAUUCUGAAGAGCUUUCCAUUGCCAAUGAACUUGAUGACUGUAUUCUACAAGCAGAAGCUUGUGGUAACCUGGGAAUCACAAAAAUGAACACUGAAGAUUAUCAAGAGGCGCUGGGAUUUUUUGAAAAGCAGAUCGCCACGUUGGAACAGGUCACAGGUGCCGUACUUGAAAGCGGCCGUGCAUACGGGAAUUUAGGUGAAUGUUACCACGUGCUGGGAGACCAUGAAGAAGCCGUGAAGUGUUACGAAAAAUAUCUUGCUGCUGGGCAGCAAAUGGAGAGUGCUGCUGACCAGGAUAAGGCCUACCGCGGACUAGGGAACACGCACAGGACAAUGGGAAAUCUGCAACAGGCUCUGGUGUGUUUCGAGAAGAGAUUAGUCGUUGCGCACGAGUUGACUGAUUUUCAUUCCAAAGGAACAGCUUACUGCGAGUUGGGAAACAUGCACAAGAUUCUUGGCAACUACGAGCAAGCGCUUGCAUGCUUCGAGCAACAGUUGUCCUUGGCGAGGGAGUGUAAUGAUACCAUUAAUGAAGGAGACGCCCUCUGUGGACUGGGGCUCGUGAAUCAGAAGAUGGGGGAGUACGAAAAGGCGUUGAAACUACACGAACAAGAGAUGACAGUCGCCGAAAAACAACGAGAUCUCGGCCGCCGCGGCCGGGCGUCGUUUCAUCUCGGAAUGACGCACGAAAUUCUCGGAAAUUACGAACAAGCGGCAAUCUACCAAGGCCAACAUCUAAACAUCGCCUCGCAAAUGAACGACAAAGCAGCGAAAGCGCAGGCGUACAGUUCACUGGGAAGAACGCAUCAUGCCCUGGUAAACUAUUCCCAGGCUAUUUCAUACCUCAACAAAGGCCUUGCGAUCGUGGAGGCUCUUGGGAGGAGUGAAGACGAGGCACGAAUACGUCAUCGAUUAGGUUUGUCACAUUUGGCUGACAAUCAGAUAGACGCAUCGCAGUUUCAUCUUUUCCGCGCGGCGGAAUUAUUGGAGAAAUUGCGCGAAGAAAGUAUUAGUAAUGGCGAGUAUAAAUUGUCUUUGUAUGAGCUUCAAGCUGCGACUUACCAAGUUUUACAGCGAGUUUUAGUCACUAUGGGCAACCACAAGGAGGCGUUGGCAGUCGCCGAGCGAAGUCGGACCCGAGAUUUUAUCGAUUUGCUUCAAGAACGGCAGGGAAAAAAUCGAUCAGAGAACGGGAUUCCGAAGUAUUUGGAAAAUACGUUGACGACACCUGAACAAAUUACAGACUUGGUACGCAGUCAAAAGGCAAGUGUGUUGUACUAUUCCAUAGCCGCAGGACACUUGUACAGCUGGCUCAUUACUCCGAACAAAGGUAUUGUGAAGUUUCACGACUCUCUUCUCUCGGAUGGAGACCAUGACAACGAGAUUUCAGUUGAUUUAGAUCAAAGUAGCAGCGCAGCUUACUCGCACACCUCUACUCUGUUAGAUUCGUACAUCACCCAAGUACGGGACGCUCUUGGAGUUGAACCGCAUUUAAACUUGAACCGUACAACCAGCUUGUCCGAGAGUGAAGUUGACGACACCUGGGAACGAGACAGUGUUUUCAGUGCGAGCCCUUUGUCAUACAUGUCAGGGGAUGAUGAUGAUACCAUAAGCGUGUCGUCUUUGUCACUUGGCGGUCACAGUUUCCGGUCAAAUCCGAGAAGUAGCUUCCUGUCGGCGAAGAACGUCCGAAAAUUGAAUGGGGUAAGAAGUAGUAACAAGAAACUCGGCUGGUCGGGGAAGCCACCGCUUCGUGCUUUGUACGAACUCUUGAUUGCUCCCAUGGAGGUUGCUCUACCUGCUUCUUCGUCCUUCGAAAGCGAAGAUUCCGAACUUGCGUUGGUUCUUCAAGGUGAUCUGUACCUGGUUCCGUUCCCUGUUUUAAAAGGGAGCCUUUCUAAAGAAUAUCUUUUCCGUCGGUUUAGACUUAUCAUUGUUCCUUCACUACAAGCUCUCGCCUCGAACAUCAAAACACUUAUGUUGAGGAAGAGUGGACUCGAUACAUCUUCGGUAACGGUCAUCGGAAACCCGAAGGUCCCGACGACGUUCGGACAAUGGGAAUCGAACCCGAGCGCUGAACACGAAGCUAAGAUCGUGGCUGAACUCUUCAACACGAAACCUCUACUCGGCGGUGUUGCGACCAAGAGCGAAGUCGUCCGAAAGCUACCGAAAGCGGAGUGCAUUCAUUUUGCCACUCAUGUCUCGUGGAAACUAUCGUCUCUUAUUCUUUCGCCUCAAAAUUCCGAUGACAAAUCGGUAGCGCCUGCAGGAUCACCUGAGAGAGCGAGUCUGGACUUUCUUGGUGACAUGAGUCCUGACGAGGCACCGGCUUUGUCUGAAUUCCUUCUCACAGCAGCCGAUAUCUUAGACCAGAAAUUAUCGGCAAAACUCGUUGUCAUUGGCGCCGCGCACAACCACUCGUCGCGCAAUCGGAUAACAUCGGAUGGUGUGAUUGGAUUAACGAGAUCGUUUUUGUCGGCUGGAGCACAGAGUUUGUUGGUUGCCCUGUGGCCUGUCCCAGACCUGGCGUGUAAGUUACUGCUGAAAGCGUUCUACGGCGGACUCCUUCAAGGAAUGAUGGCAAGUCAGUCUUUGUGUCAGGCCAUGCAAGUAGUUCAGGGAACAAAGCAGUUUUCACAUCCGUCAAACUGGGCUGGAUUUAUCCUUGUUGGUGGAGACACAGCUCUGACGAAUAAAGAAGCACUAAUGAGUAGCGCUAUUUCCAAACUGUUGGACAAUCCUGUGAAUUGCCGAGAUGCACUGAAAGUCCUUGUUCAUCUGGUGGACAAGGCGCAACAACGGAUUCGCUCGGGUCAGCGGUCGUCCAUGUACACAGCAGAUGCAAGCAUCAAUGCUAAAGUCAAGGGAGCCAGCGGUUGGCGAGAAUUGCUCAAGCUUCUUGGCUUCCGGUUUCAGAAGGCCGCCAACGGACUUCCGGACUCAGUCUUCUUUCCAACAGUAUCCAGUGGAGUGACAGACAAGCUGGCCGAUGCAAGUAACCAUCUACACGCUCUACUGGGAUUGAGUCCCACCACUCUGCAGGCGCUGGCCAAACUCGUGAAUGCGCGCACAGUGAACACAGCUUUAGUCGCUUUGUUUAGCCAGGUUUUGUCAUGUUUCGCCCAAGGAAUGAACAAUGUACAGGUGCCCCUAAAUCUUAAGUUAUGGCGUACGUCUGGCUGUCACGAGCUGUUGGCCUCUCUCGGCUUUGAUCUGAUUGGUGUGGGCAAAGAUGAAGUGAUGCUUAGAUCCGGCAAAGCCAACAGCAGACGCGCUGUACAGUGCACUGUGCAGGCCUUGUGUGCUCUCACAGAUUCAGAAAAUCCCGCAGAAAAGGAAGAUCCUACCUUUAAACUGUCUAAAGUUCAUUCCGCUUCGACUGUCAUCUCCAACUUAUCACUCAAAUCAGCUUCUAUCGACUCGGAUCUUGAUACAAAGUCCAAAGAUUUUGACCUUAGUUCCAACGAUGUUAGCAAUUUAAGGAGCUCUAGUAAGGGUUCCAAAACUACAAUCACCUCCAGGCCAGUGAAAACUGAGGCUCGUCCUUCCAACGAGUCGAUAAACUCGGCAGCAGUAGAGGAAGCCGAGAGAAGAAGCUUUCGCGCUCUCUCCAAAUCACAGCCUUUGCUUGUAAACAGGAAUCAUUCGAACGCUGUAAACCCCUAUUCAAGUUUCAACGGACACGUGCGCAGUGCCGUCAAGCAACAGUCAACCUCGUCUGUCGUGGAUCAUACGCGAAAUUCUUCAGUAGCCGACCCAUCCGACUCAGACGUCGAUAGUUACUCGGACAUUGUCGGUCAGCGCUCGUGGAAGGAUUCGUCAAAUCGGCAAACUGUCGAUCUUACGGAGGAUAGCUCUCUGUCAAAUACUAGACAAUCAAUUUUAAAUGGUGUUUCGCUCUCAAGGGUAACUAAUUCCAAUCCAACGGGGAGUGUUGUUGCUUUUCCGAUACAACAACGUCGAGCUAAGGAAAAUCAAGCAAGAACUGAAAAACAGGUGGUGGCGAGUACACCGAAUCAAAGUCACAAGCCGGGUGUUAAUGGUACGAGACCUAAGCCUAUAUCUGGGUAUCUACCGGAUGCUUCUUAUAUCAAUGGGGACAGGGUACACCGAGGGGAGUCCCUAAAUGAGGAAGGCUAUCAACGAGGAAGGCCUCAGGGAAGGAGUCGGAGCGAGAGCCAGGAACCUGUCUCUAAAAACGGACCUUAUAGCCGAUCGAAGUCAAUUCCAAGGCAGAGAGAGAAUGGGUCGAGUGAUGAGGAGGAAACUACGCAUGCUCGUGACAGACGUUGGGCGAAGAGUAGUACAGACUUGAGAACUCAUCGUGUAGUAACUGCCAUUGAUAUCGGUGGAAAUGAUAAAGUUAAUCAAAUAGGGCGCUUAAGAGUUUCCAGUGUGGAUUCACCAGUCAGCGAUGAUGCUCUGAGGUCUUCAAAUCAACGGACUGCACCAUUAAGAAAUGGCGAGUUAAAAACAAAUCACGCCGAUCAACUUGCAGCCCAAAUGCAACAAGGACGAAAAGAAUCCCUACAGGGGAGGAGACAGUCGCUGCAGAAGUUUCACGAUGACUCUCAGUCCUCUCAAGAUAGUACUGACUACGAGUCUCGUCAGACUAAAGCAGAGUGGGCAGCGGCUGCCUUAAUGAAUAAUCACAUGACACGUGAACCGACCCAACCGCUGGCCAACAAGAAAACAUCCCCGCAGUUACUUGAGAUGAAAGAUAUGAGAGCUGAAAAGAGGAGACUGAGGCGAGAGCAUUUGGCAAACUUAGCUAAUCUCCACUCCUCCUCCUGCUAGCACUGGCUGAGGACCUCUUAUUACCCGGGUUGAUAUGGACCAGCAGCUAAUAUUUUUUUUAACAAUUUCGUGUCUCAAACAAGAAAAUGUUUCCUAAUGAUCUGAACCAUAUUGGUUCUCUACCUUGUAAAACAGUGUCGAGCCUUCGAGUGUUGCACUGAUUCAUAGUUAUCUAUUUUGGGACGUGUAUCUUGAAAUUUGUUCAAAAUUUUCAGCAAGAGGUAACGUUGAAAUAUCAAUUUUCUGCCAGUCGUUAAAGUACAUUUUAUUUUGUUUACUUCUAAAUUUAUGAAAACGUCAACAGUCAAAUCAGAUGUAAGUUUGUGUACGAUAAUCAACUUCUUCACAGACGAGUUUGUAACGACAGAGUGUGGUAUAGGUCGUGAAAAAAGUAGAGAAGUUCGUUGAAUUUUAAAGGAAACGACUUUUUUAUUCGACCAAACGUGUUAUGUAAAGUUUAAAAAAAAUUAUUUGAAAAAAACUGCCCCAGGCUAGCUCGCUAUGCACCUAUUCGUGAAUGCAUUUUCAUCCUUAGGGUCUUAAUUUAUCCCAUAAUUUAGCCUGGGAAUGAGGACACUUUUACUAUAGCGCAAAGUCUUUCAAUGCAUCGGCUUUUAAAGGUAUCGACAAAGUAUUUCAGCUGUUGUGGUGAAUACGCUCGUUGGACGUAUCUACAAGGUAAUCGUUCAGUUAAUCUUGAUUUGUGAAAUUUUUGCUGAAACUGAAAGGAAUCAAGUCUAGAUCUCAUGCCGAAAAAACUAAGAAACCUGUAACAAACAUGAUUUUUGGUCACGCGACAUUGCGUGACUCAAACAUUCUCUUCGUGUCACCUCAACAUGUUUCCUUUUAGUAAGGUUACCCUCUUUUAUAUAAUAUAGAUUUGUGGCAAGCCCUAGAUAGAUAUUAUCAAGUGGUUUAUGACGGUCGAUUUCUACGUGUUCUGCCACCUUUUUAUUUAUAUGCGUUGUAUCUUUGUAGGUCAGAACCGAAUACUGAAAGCGUGCCAUUUUCCAAAUUCUCACUGUACUAUAUUUACCUCAGUCAAUUCGUAGAGAUGAGAUUGGCGUAUUUUCGAGUUGCUAUUUAUGAAAUUUGUAGCUAAAUCUUGUACAUAUGUUUGUAAUUUCAGAAUCAUAAACGGGAGGUUUAUAAUAUAUAAAAUAUAUUUCAAAGCCACAAUGUACAUAUUUCACCUCCUAGCGUAUAUUUUUAGUACAAUGAAUAAAGUUCCAGGUUUUCCAAAA